GCAGAAAGUUGAAGCAGUCAUUUGCCAAAAGUGAUUCUGAAAACUUGAAACGGAAAUUAUUAAAAUGAUGGAUAAGAAAGCGUUCGCCUUGUCUCUAGUAUUCUACUUGAGUUGCUUAUCCUGUUUAGUGCUUGCAUCUGAUCUGCCUGCUGGCAUUCAAAAAUGUUCAAUUAUGGAUGAAAACUGCUUGAGAGACGGCAUGAACUAUGUCAUAAAGAAUUUUGCAAGGAAAGGCAUCAAGGAGCUUAACCUGGUGCAACUGGAUCCGCUGCUUAUUAAAAAGUUUAGUCUGGGCAAGAAUCCCAAGAGUCCUGUUAAUAUCGAUCUUACAUUCACCAAUGCUAACUUGCUUGGGCUUGGUGAUGCACAAGUUAAGAAAGUCACACCUUUUAGUAAAGAUUUAAGUCGUGAAAUUACUCUCGAAAUGAUGUCCCCAAGAAUCACGUUGACGGGUCCGUAUGUCAUUGACGGAAAAGUCUUGAUCUUGCCCAUUCGUGGCAAGGGAGAUGCUGAUAUAGUGCUGCAACAAUGCAAGGUCCACGCCGUUGUUAAACUGAGACCAGUUAGCAAGGGACCACAUCAGACGUUUGCUGAGGUGGUCGAGGUAAAGCUUUUCUUGGAUCCCUCACGUGUAACAUACAAAUUCACCGGCCUAUUCAAUGGCGAGAAGGCUCCAAGUGAGAACUUUCACGCUCUGGUCAACGAAAGCUGGCUAGAGGUAUUCAAUGAGCUAAAGGCUGACAUUUCCACAGCUAUGGGAUUAAUUUUCAAAUCGAUUCUGAAUCGAACUCUGGGCAAACUGCCGCUGGAACAGCUCUUUACAGGAGUUUAAGUUUGCAUUUGUUUGAUUGGUCUUAGUAAGUUUAUUUUAAUAAAUCGUUUUAAAUAAUUCAUACAAACAAGUUAUUUUUGACUUAAACUAGUUUUUAUAGUAAGAGUUAUGGUUGCUUUUAAGAUGCAAGAGUAGAUUAUAAAUAGGUGGGUGAAUAUAACAUUAAAUCAAAUUAAAUUUCCAAGACGAGUAUAAAAUUUGAGAUAUGAAUCGAAACAUAAAGUGGUCAUUACUCUUCUGAAAAGUACAUAUUAUGUAAUUAUUUAAAAUAAAAGUUUCACAUUCAACGUUGUUACUUAUAUUUAAAAUAACUUAUACAAUUAUUAAUGAACCUAUUUCAAUUUAAAA